GUGGUGAGGAAGCAUUUCACUCCUAACCUCUCUAGGACAUGCCAGUGCUCGCUGACGGACGGGCCUUUGUGUCCUUGAACUGGGGAAGUGGAGAAGCCUAAAUAAUGGAGUCAGACCAGACCCUGUACACCCCAGCAUGUAUGUGCUUUGAGAAAAAGACCAUAUUCUCAGCGAGUAAAGACUUAGCCUGUGUUCGGAGCAGAGAAUUUACUCAUGUUGAAAAGGCAGAGGACACGGAUGUGUGGGCGCUUAAAGCUCCUGACUUCUCCCUGAAGCUUUACAGUCACCUGCACCUGUCUCAGAACAAGAGAGAAAACCGAUGCCCGCCUUUAUUUACGUCAGACUCGAAGGAGAUGCUUCCCAGGGUCAAGAGGCCGAGCCACAUAGUUUUACCCCAAAUUAACCACAGCAGAGAGGGGCCGGCCUUCGCUCUGCGAUACCGCCCUCCGGAUGCGCUGGAAUCCAAGCUGGAGUACGUAAAAAGAGGCAAAUAUCCUUCAAUGGCCUUCAGUGACCCCAAACCUUAUGAUUUCAGACAGUAUGCUGAUAACAUGCCAGAUAUUGUGACCACCAAGAAAAAGGAUCCUGGCAAUCUGAACUUCAAAUCUCAGCACUUGAGCUCAAUUGGAGGGACCGGACCCAUUGAGGGUAUCCACCAGAGGGCGACAAUGAGGCAAUUUGACACCUUUAAACCAGCAGAACCCAAAUGGGAUUCCCAGCUGAUUUUACCCAGCAGACCAUGGCCCCCAAAGUCAGCCUCCUACACAAGACACAGACGGAGAAGAGGGGUACACAGCGCCUUCAUGGACAGAGUGGAGGAGAAACUCACCCUCUCCUGGAAGAACAAAUUAUAUUCAUCACAUUAACACUCUGUGUACCUGCAUGUAGAUCUUCACUGCAUAUCAAAGAAGAAAUAACUGAAACCUCAUUCAAAAUUAGCUGAUAUUGUCUAAGCAUGGUCAGCCAUGAAAAAGCACCUGUUGGAAUCUACUGUAUGUUAAAAUGUGGACAGAGUGGGCUCUGUAUUCUUAAAUUUCAAAUACAAUUUUGCUCAGAAACUGCUGCAAGUUAGUGAUUUUCCCUACCUGUUAACAAAGGGCUUUACAGACUGGUCUAACCUGGCGGGGUGCUCUAUAUGUAAGUAAGUAAGGCUGCUAACCAGGUAACUGAAGGGAAAUAAAGAGUGUGCUUUUUACACUG